AUGGACUCGCAACGACAGCCGCAACUGAGCAUUCGCAAAGCUUUGCUUGGCCUUGCCACCUGGCGACCGCGACUAUCUGUACUGAAAAGUCUGCUCACCCUUGUGCCAUGGCAACACAAGCGCCCGGCUAUCCUAGGUAUCUUAACAACACUACCUCUAGCUGCCCAGCGAGCUUCUUCGGCUGUCUUAAUCGGGCGAGUAUUUGGUGUCAUUUCCGAUUUUGGGUCCGGGAAGCUCGCUGGGAAUGAUGCUCUUGGCCAAAUGUCGUACUGGAGUUUUGUUCUAGCUUCUCUCGGCGGGGCGUCCUUGUUGGUGAAUUAUACCUUCUUGUAUUUUUGGACACUUUGCGGCGAGCUAAAAGCAAAAGAUGCCCGUAUAGCAGUGUUCCACGCUUUAUUGAAAAAGGGCUUGGGAUGGUUUGACCUUCAAGAUAACGGGGUUGCUAGUCUGCUCGUGGGAAUACAAACGCAAAUUCAAGAGCUUCAGGGGGCAUCGACGACACUGCUUGGCUACUUGUUCGUCGAUAUACUUGCAUCGAUUGCGAGUCUCAGUUUGGCCUUUUCAGGUUCGUGGGAACUUACAUCGAUGAUUGCCAUUACCGGUCCUAUAACAUUUGUUAUAACUGUUCUCAUCCGGCGCAAGGCAGUGAUCGCUACGAGAAUGCAAGAUCGAGAGCGUAGCCGUGCAUCUAAGUAUGCGAUAGCUUCAGUCACGUCCAUUGACCUCGUAAAAGCUUUCAAUGCUGUUGACCACGAAACCUGGCAAUAUACCACCGCUAUCCGACGGGCUGGUCAUCAAUAUUUGGUACAGGCAAGAAUGUACGCGUUGCUACAAAGUUAUUUGAAGUUCUGGACAGAUGGAAUGUUCGUGCUCGGGUUCUACUUUGCUGCUAUCCUAGUACGCGGAGGAAUGAGCGCGGAAAGUGUCGUUCGAACAUUCUAUGCGGCCCUUGCCGCCAUAGGUGUUGCCGGGCACAUCGCCCAAAGGUGGGCGGGCUUAGAGAGAGGGAUCUCUGCUAGCAAGGAGCUAUCUCUUAUCACUCGCGAAAUGGAAGGGGGACGUGAAGUGAACCGAAUGGUCGGUGGACAUCGUCCAACAGAGUGCUUGGGGGAAAUACAGAUUAAUCAAGUCAGCUUUACAUAUCCGUCAAAUCCACACCAACUUGUCUUGAAAAAGUCUUCUCUCCAUUUUGAAGCAGGCCAGUUAUACUUCGUUGUCGGGCGGAGUGGAUCGGGGAAGAGCACGCUGAGUAACUUAUUGUUGAAAUUCUACAGACCACUUAGCGGCGACGUUUUAAUAGAUGGGCACCCGCUCGAAACUCUCGACACUGAAUGGGUCCGCAACAAUGUCACAUUAAUCCAACAGGCUAGCGCGCUUUUCAACACUACCUUCUUCAUGAAUGUGGCCAUGGGACGUCAAGACCCCGAGCAGGUCUCUAGGGAAGAAGUGGAGGCUGCAUGCGAGAUUGCUUUGCUUCAAUCGACGCUUGCUACGCUCCCCAGGGGCUUAGACACAGACGUUGGAGCCAACGGACACGGCCUCAGUGGUGGCCAAAAACAGCGAUUAGCUCUCGCAAGGGCAAAGAUACGUGACCGACCGGUCCUCAUCCUGGAUGAAAUUACCAGCGGACUAGACCCGCUAAGUCGCACACUGGUUAUGGAUGCGAUUAGGCACUGGAGGCAGGGGAAGACAACUAUUGUAAUCACUCACGAGGUUGCGGAGAUAAAGGGGGAUGAAUUUGUGUAUGUCUUGGACAAUGCGCGUGUAGUACAGAAAGGCUUCCGCAAAUAUCUGGAAAAGCAGGAAGGCACUGUGUUUGCCGCGUUACUCGCGCCAUCUACUGUCAUCGAUGUUGCCAACCCAUCCCAGGCGGAAGACGUCUUAGCCGAAGAAUCCCAUCCAACAUCGGGCUACUUCUGGCCUUUUGUCAACUCACAUCAACAUAACACCUUACCGCCCAGACCUACUCCAUUGGCCUCUAUGACUUCGACUGACCAACCGUCCAGUGGUGACGCGGAAGCCACCGUGCCAUCAUGGAUGGACGUGUCAGAGGCACAAAAUCCAAUUAUCCAAGGUGCUAUAACCCUCACGAAGCGCAUGUCAACGUCGUGGAGGACUGGCCUCCAUGGAUCGGAUCAUGCUAAUAUUGGCCAUGGGAGGGCAAAGGAAAGAAGAAUGAGUCUCAUACAUCUCCAAGAGCUGGGAAAUAAGGUGCGGGAUAGUCGAGGUCGCUCUACUCUGAAAGAUCGACGACGUGUUCCUGCCACUGACGGCGCGUCCACGGAUCCGGUUAAACCUUACAGUGAUACCCAAGACGACAGCGUGAAGAUAAUGCAGCCUGUAUCUAUGUGGGCCAUCUUCAAGACGAUCUGGCCAUCCUUGACUCCGAGAGAAAGGACAUGUUUCGUCGUUGGAUUAUUGAUGUGCAUUCUAUACGCAGGCGCAGUCCCGGCUUUUAAUCUUGUAUUCGCGAAUCUUCUAGCCGUAUUGUAUUCCGCCGAAGAUCAGAUGGCUGCCGCGCGGAAAUGGGCUCUUUAUCUACUGCUCAUCACUACGCUCACAGUGGUAUCCAUGUAUCUCAAUAUAUACCUGAUGCUAUUAGUUGGCCAGGCUUGGGCAAACGCUCUACGUGUGCAAGCGCUCAAUAGGGUCUUGCAGCAGCCAAAGGUGUGGUUUGGUAAGCCACUACACUCAGCUAACCACAUAAGCGAAUGCAUGGACAAGAAUGCAGAGUCUAUGCAGCAUCUCGUUGGAAGGAUUGCUCCUCAGUCAUUGGUCCUCUUCGUCAUGGUAACGGGAACGAUCACAUGGGCCUUAAUAAUAUCCUGGAAGCUCACUCUUGUAACUAUCGCGGGUGCUACAGGCCUCGCUGUCAUUAUGGUAGUCUGUGGUAGUAUGGUUGGCGAUACACAGUCACGAUACAACCAGAUGGUCGACCACGCGAGCGCAACCUUUACUGAGACAUUCAUCAAUAUACGCGUCGUUAGAGCUCUAACACUUGAACGGUUCUUCACUAGGAAAUACUCUGAAUGUACCGAUAGGAUCUUUGGGGUCGGCGUUGAUAGAGUGCUCCGUGCGGCUUUCCCGUUUGCUGGCUGGCAGUCGCUGCAUUGGUUCGCCAUGGCCCUCACAUUCUGGUAUGCAACCCGCCUCCUGACCGAGUCUGGUGGACCACCGGUACAAGAGAUACUGCAGGUUGUCAAUUUGCUCAUCCUUGGCGUGGGGUCUGUUGUCGGUAUAGCUAGUUCUAUAUCAGGUCGCGCUGCUGCCCAGUCCGCUGCCUCUCGACUUCUGUAUUAUGUCAAUCUGCCCAUUGACUCUCCCUACGAAUCCAGAGGAAAGGUGAAACUUAUACAACCUUUCCCUAUUUUGCUACAACACCUGUCGUUUACCUACCCGUCGUUGAAUCACUCCGUGCUUCGAAACGUCUCGCUUUGCAUUGACGCCGCCACAUCGACCGCAAUCGUCGGCCCCUCUGGAUGCGGCAAGAGUACGAUCGCGUCUAUCAUUAUGGGGCUGUACUUACCAGACUCAUCAGUUGGACGACGGGGGGUUGGGGACCAUCGGCAGCAGCUGACCUUUGCUUCAAUCCCAGCUACCGAAAUCAGCACCAUUAGUCUGCGGGAUCAGAUUGGCUACGUUCCCCAAACGCCUUUUCUGUGCCCUGCUUCAAUUGCAGAUAAUAUUCGUUACGGUUUACCGGAGGAGUCGUCUUUACGAAAUCAAAGCAAUGUUGAACGAGCGGCUAAAGAGGCGGGGAUUCACGACUUUAUCCACAGCUUGGAAGCAGGUUACGAUACGUUUGUUGGAGACGGUGGCCAGACGCUUAGCGGCGGGCAGGCUCAGCGAAUUUGUAUUGCGAGGGCCUUAGCUCGGAGGCCUAAGCUCUUGCUUCUCGAUGAGCCCACGAGCGCACUAGACGCGGAAGGUGCCGAAGCCGUAAGGAAAACCAUUGAAUCAUUAAUGGGUUCUGCUCAAAAAAGCAUCUACGAUGGCAAUGACGCAUUGGGCAUGUCUGAUGCACGUCGUAAGGGGCGACGCGAGCUAUCCGUUGUGGUUAUAACACACAGCAAGGAAAUGAUGCGUAUGGCAGAUCGCAUCAUAGUUAUCGACCAAGGACAUGUAGUAGAGUCUGGGUCGUACGACGAACUGCUCGCAAAAGGGGGAAAGUUUACCGAUCUUGUGGGCGGUGGCCUGUGGAGAGGUGACCACGGUGGCGGUCAGCCAAAGAAACAGAAAUAUGUGAAGAGAGACAAUAGUGCGGAGCGGACGGCAGCAGAUAACCUCCCACUUCGUAACAGAUACGGGCCCGUUGAAUCAGACUCUGCCCCAACGGCCAGCUGGGCUAAUCUACAAGAUGUGGACUCCGUCGACGACCGCGGUCCCUCAACCGGCAUUAUGAAUCCAUUAACAAGCCCUCCCGGGGGCUCUUCUAGAAGACGGGAUCGCAGAGGGGAUGAGAGUGUAUGACACUGAACAUGCCAGUCAUUAUAG